AGCCGAUGGUUUACCCGAGGCUGGACCCUAGAAGAGCUCCUAGCUCCUUAUACUGUCACGUUCUUUUCGAAAGAGUGGCAUUGGUUGGGUGACAAGAAGACUCUAGAACGACGCAUCCACGAGACUAUAGGAAUCCCUAUCUGGGCCCUUCAAGGGGCUCCUCUAGACAAGUUCAGCAAAGAGGAUCGAUUAUCGUGGUCUGAAGGCCACCACACAACGCGCAAAGAAGAU